CAAUUCUUAGGCGCGCUUCUUCAUUGAGGAAAUGGAUUGCGCUGCAUCUCUGAACAUCAUCCGUGAGGGUUGGGAAUGGACACACGUGUAAAAUCCAAGCUAAUGUUAAUUUCAGUCUGAAUUUAGAGUGUACUUUGCACAUCCAAAGGUGUAGGUACAUCAAUCAAGAACAUACAUGGCAGCGAUGCAACAGGUAUUGGACAACCUCCACGAGUUGCCUGGCUCUACGGGAGCUAAGGAGAUAGACCUCAUCUUUCUCAAAGGAAUAAUGGAGAGUCCUAUUGUCAGAUCUCUUGCCAAGGCUCAUGAGAGACUUGAAGAAACCAAACUGGAAGCUGUGAGAGAGAAUAAUGUAGACCUUGUGAAGCAAAUUCUUGAAGACAUCAGCUGCAUAGUCAAUCACAAUGAGACUGCUACAGAGCUGACCAAAAUUCUGAAGGAGCCGCAUUUUCAGUCACUUUUGGAAGUCCAUGAUUUGGUUGCUUCAAAGUGUUAUGAAACACCACCCUCAAGUCCCAGUCUGCUAAAUGAAAUCUUGAACAACCAGACAGCAUCAGGAGAUGCUGUUCGCAUGAUUGGAAUUCAGAAGAAGGCCUCAGAGCCUUUGGGCCUUACCUUUAGGGUAGAGAACAAUGAGCUGGUAAUUGCAAGGAUUCUCCAUGGCGGUAUGAUUGACCGGCAAGGUCUUCUCCAUGUAGGUGACAUCAUUAAAGAAGUAAAUGGCAGAGAAGUCGGGUCUGACCCAAAAGCACUGCAGGAUAUAUUAAGGGAUUGCAGUGGUGGCAUCACGUUCAAGAUCUUGCCUAGCUACAAAGAAACUCCUGUGCCCCUCCAGGUGUUUGUGAAGUGCCAUUUUGACUACAAUCCAGCGAAUGACAGCUUAAUCCCCUGCAAAGAAGCUGGAUUAAAGUUUUCUAGAGGGGACAUCCUGCAAAUUGUAAAUCAAGAGGAUCUCAAUUGGUGGCAGGCCUAUCAAAUGAAGGGAGGAGGAAAUGCAGGUCUAAUUCCCAGUCAAAUGUUAGAAGAGAAGAGGAAAGCUUUUGUUAAACGGGAUUGGGAUCUUUCAGGUUCAUCAGGACCAUUUUGUGGUGCAAUAAUUGGCAAAAAGAAGAAAAAAAUGAUGUACCUGACAACCAAAAAUGCAGAGUUUGAUCGACAUGAAAUAAUGAUCUAUGAGGAAGUAGCGAGGAUGCCACCAUUUCAGAGGAAGACUCUCGUGUUGAUAGGAGCUCAAGGUGUGGGACGACGGAGUUUGAAGAACAGACUCAUCGUAAUGAAUCCCAUGCGAUUUGGAACAACAGUCCCAUUUACUUCAAGAAAACCAAGAGAUGACGAACUGGAUGGACAUGCAUACAGAUUUGUGUCAAGGGUAGAAAUGGAAAUGGACAUAAAGGGCAGUAGAUAUCUGGAACAUGGAGAGUAUGAAGGAAAUCUCUACGGGACAAAGAUCGACUCAAUCCAUGAAGUUGUUAGUACGGGAAGAAUGUGCAUUUUGGAUAUCAAUCCACAGGCACUGAAGAUACUAAAGACAGCUGAAUUUAUGCCGUAUAUUGUGUUUGUUGCUGCUCCUGAAUUAGAAACGCUACGUGCCAUGCAUAAAGCUGUCAUUGAUGCUGGAAUUUCAACUAAACUUCUGACUGAUACAGACUUGAAAAAGACAGUUGAUGAAAGUGCUCGAAUUCAACGAGCAUACAGCCACUAUUUUGAUUUGACCAUUGUCAAUGAUAAUUUGGACAAAGCUUUUCAGAAGUUACAGACUGCAAUUGAGAAGCUCUUUAUAGAACCACAGUGGGUCCCAGUUAAUUGGGUAUACUAGUAAAUUGAAGAUUAAACCGUCUUUCGGUCUGUGAAUACAUAGAAAUUUGGAUAGCGAUGUGGCAGAAGACAUCAGAUGCAAAGGCAGAAAACGUCUGUUUUAUCAGAUGCCUUUAUAUUCUUUGUAGGUUCUGUUUAUAGUACACUAUUUUGGCUUUUUAUAUGAAUAACUGAAGGAAAAGUGUUCUUAUAAAUGUAAUUUAUUUUAAUUUUUCUAACUUUUUACAAAUGAUCUUUGUAUCCAUACAUAUCAAGUGAAGGAAAAUAAGUUGCAAGAGAAACCUUUUUUUCUCAUUUUUGCCUUCAAAUGCCUAGUUUACAGAUGGAUAUCCAAGUUCUAAGGAUUUUGAUGCAAGGUAAAGAUUUUUUUUCAGAUUCCAAAGCUGUAAAUAGCUACAAAGUUAUUUGUUAACUUGUACAGUGGAGUUUUGGUUAAGUGAAGCUUUGCACCAGCUUGAUGUAUAAUAUAUUGUUUCUGCAUUGGUUACAGAAUGAUGGGAUGAGGUCUUCAGUUUAAUGUAACGAAACUGUGUUAAUGAAAGGGCAUAACACAUAGCUCUAGUCUAUUCCUAAAGUCUAUAAUGCCGUUAUAGAUUUGUGUAAACCUGAUGGCAGGAUGGGACCCCUGGCAAUCUGGAUUUUUUUAAACAUUGCAGGUUAACUACCUUCAGCUUGACACUGCAUCAUUCAACUUUAAGUUGUGUGUUGGGUAGCUCCUGCUGUGAAAAUAAUCAAAACAGGUACCCUAGUUCAUCCAUAAGACUUUAAGAUAUAGGAGCAGAAUUAGGCUAUUUGGUCCAUUGAGUUGGUGAUACUCUUCGAUUGUGGCUAAUAUAUCUCAAUCAUAUUUUCCUGCCUUCUCCAUGGUACUUUGAUCCUGGUACUAAUCUUCAAGUAUACUAUGGCAGACUGGCAGUUUGCUAAUCAUCUUUACUCACCUUAUCCCAACAACGUGUGCAUUUAUAUAAUAUGUUUAAUAUAUUAAAAUGUCCCAUAAUGCUUUGCAAGAAAGUCUUGUGCUAGUUACGAAUGUGUUGACAUUCUCACAAUCACAUCAAAACUACCAUCACUACUCUACUCUGUAUAGAUUAACAUCAUUCCUGGAUGCGUUCCUAGCAUACCUCUUAGUUACUUAGACUUGUGGCAUUUACCUGAUUAAUUGGAUUAUUGUUGAUAACUUGCCUGGGAUGAAGUAGAAAUCAUAUGAGAGAUUUGAAUACAGGUCUUUGUUCCCUUCCACAUAUACACUAAGCUGCUUUAUUCCUAUAAUUAGUUUGACAGUUACAGCCCAGGAUCAUCAUCAAUGUAAUGAGAGUUGGCUAAUAGUGACCUUGCAGAAUCAAAACUAGGGCUUGCCACUGCCCAGUAUGUUUAAGUUACUUGUUAUUACUACUCCGUUCACCCACCAACCCCUUUGUCUGACAUUGGGCAUCAGAAAGACUUGUUUUAAAAUCUUGACUAUCUGCCCACCAAACUCUUCUUUUAAUUUAUCUCUAGUAGUAGUUUUAAGUCAGAUUGUAAGUUGAAUCUUAAUUCUUCACUUUCACAUCCUUUAAUGUUGCUGGAAGGCUGGAAUUAUUUUAUUGCAAAGAUGGAUUCUACAGCUGCUUUUCCAUAGAAUGUGCUUUGAGCUGAUUUUUAAAAUUCAUUUUCCUCAGUCAGAACACAUUACCGACCCCCAUCUCCCUCUCUAGUGGUGUAAGCUUUUAAACUUUUUUUUUCUAGUUUCCUUAUUGCUUGUUAACUGAAACUAAAUUGAGCUGACAAAAUAUUACACAUUUGAAUGGAAUAGACUGCAGCUUUAUCUGUUUUCAAUUGACUGUGUACAACUCCACUGAAAUGAAGGCAAAGCAGCACAUUUCAUCCCAACAAUCAAUUUAAGGUGAUUAUUCAACCAUCUCUUGGCUCCACUGCUUGCCCUCAAUAUUUAUAGUUUUCUUCCAAUUUCCUUUGCCAGAUCCGAUUAUUCCUGCUGACUUUUUGAAAAGGUUUUGCAACUAUGGGAUUUGUUAUAAAAUAAAACUUUUUUUUUUACAUUCUCUGUUGCUUCUCCAACUGUUAAGUAACUUAUUGCCUAUUAUUAGGUCUUUAGAUAUUUAACAUGAAACAUGGAAGCAAGUGAAACGAGGAAAUGGAAAGCUUUCACUCUUCCAACAAAGUUUACACAGAUAAAUACUUUAGUAUUUCAAAAAUUCCAGUAUUUGUAUUUUGUUUGAUUUGAUUUAGUUGUGCUAUUAAGCAUAAUAAUGUGUUUGAGAAUGUUAAUUUUAGCUAGUUACUUUAAAACAUUUUGUCAAUGAAUUGUGCUGGUGAUUGUUAUUGAUGAGUUUGUUCUAUGUUGUGGCAUAUUGUCAAUCUACUUUUAAAGUGUAAAUUUUUUUUAUAUUUUGAGGUUGCUUCCUGUCUUGGUGUUUGUAUGUUUCUCAUUCUUUUCCCUACCCCAUCCUGGGUAUGAUUUAGGUGAACUUUGGACAUUUACCACAUUAUUUCCACAUGACACUAAAAACAACACUUGUUAACUGAGCUGUAAAAUGGUCCUCUGCUGCAAAGAGAAUAAAAGACAAAGAAAUUGU